AACCUGCAUGAUCAAUUAGCCACAACAUUCUUGCUCAUAUUUCAUCCUGUCCACUAGAGCCCACGGAGCAACUUUUUUCCGGUUAUUUUUUAACCAAAUUUUGGUCACGGCAAGGAGGAGAUGAAAGUGUUGCGUUUAUCUUUACUGCUAUUCAUACUGCAACUGACCGUUUGGCAAGGAAAGAGUGCGUUUUUUGAUAAAGGUGGUAAAAAGAAACCAAGCUGGAAACAAAAGAUGAAGGAAUCGAAAAUGGGGAAAUGGGCCGCAAAAGCCGGCAACAAAAUUGGCCUGGCGUUCGGCGUAAAACUGAAACGAAGAUUAGCGGACGAUCCCCCACCCGUGAGGUUCAAUAUCAAGGGAACUGCCAUUUUAAAGAAUGGGAACCUUAAUUUCGAGUUGGCCGGCGAGAAAAUUCGACCUGGCCAAUCAGGACCGUCAAAUCCUAACUUUAAAGCUGGUUCUUCAUUAUCAACAGCUACACCCACAAAGGGAUCGACCACACCAACUAGUUCAACAACCGGCACUGCUAAAACCACUGGCACUGGUCCAAAGACUGGCACUAGUCCCACUACUGGCACUGGUCCCAAGACUGGCACUAGUCCAACAACUGGCACCGGUAAAACCACUGGAACGGGUCCAAAGAUUGGCGCUAGUAAGACUACUGGGACUGGUCCUACGACUGGCACUGGUAAAACUACUGGGACUGGUCCAAAGACUGGUACUGGUAAAACUACUGGGACUGGUCCAAAGACUGGCACUAGUCCAACGACUGGCACUGGUCCAAAGACUGGCACUAGUCCAACAACUGGCACUGGUAAAACAACUGGCACUGGUCCUCAGCCAGCCGCUCAGGUUGCACCCACUUCACCCUGCCCGCGACCCCUAAAUGUUUAUGUGAUAAUAGUCGCCAAUGAUUUGAAGAAAACGCAAAAUGCUUACCGAAGAGUCCACGGCUCCCCUGACCUAAGACUGGAUGAUCACAUGAUGUGCGAUGCUCAAAACUACGCUCAGAAAAUGGCCUCUAAGGGAGUCUUGGAGCACCAAUCGAGUGCAAUUCUCGCACGACGAGGAGUUGGAGAGAACAUUGGAAUGUCCUGCGUUCCUGCUCGAAAUGGUCCUUUGACCUACUUAAAAGUACAAAAAAUGGCAAGGAAUGUAGCUAAACGCUGGUAUGAUGAGGUAUGUCAGUACAACUUUGACCAGCCAAAUUUCAACUCCGAUACGGGACAUUUUACCGAAGUCGUGUGGUCUGGAAGCAGAAAGCUUGGAGUUGGUUACUCUGUCGGAAGAAACAUCAAAUUUCCUGGAUAUGUCUGUGUUUACGUAGUGGGACGGUACAGUCCUGCUGGAAACAACAUAGGACCACAAAAUCUAAGGAAUAACGUUAGGAGAGGGAACUUCAACGGUUCAUACUGCACACCAAAGAUAAAGCCACCUGCCUUUACCCUAGUUCCUCUUUAUAAGAGAAACCGCUUUGGUAACAAAGCUUUUUACAAUAAACGAGGUUAAGACCAAGUUUAACUGACCAUUAAGUCGACACAUACUGUAUUCCAAAUAAUAAAAAACAAGAAUUCGUAGCA